AUGCGGUCCCUGGGCACGCAGCUCCCCCCCCCCCCCCGUGCCCGCCCCGGGGACAGCGGCAACGGCGGCAGCGGGGACAGCGGCCGCCGCCCCCUCUCCGCCCUCCUGCUCCGCCGAAGGACGGCCCUGGGCGCUCUGCUGCGCUGCUUCCCCUGCGAGCGGCUCUGCGGGGGGGCCGCGGUGCCCCCCGGGGCGCUGCCGCCCGCCACGGGCCCCCCCCGCCGCCGCCGGCCCCCCCGCACGUUCCGCAGCUACCUGCCCCUCUCGCACCGCACCUACAGCUGCGUGCACUGCCGCGCUCACCUCGCCCGCCACGAGGAGCUCAUCUCCAAGUCGUUCCAGGGCAGCCACGGCCGUGCCUACCUGUUCAACUCAGUGGUGAACGUGGGCUGCGGCCCUGCGGAGCAGCGGCUGCUGCUGACGGGGCUGCACUCGGUGGCCGAUAUCUUCUGCCAGAGCUGCAAAACCACCCUGGGCUGGAAAUAUGAACAGGCCUUCGAGAGCAGCCAGAAGUACAAGGAGGGGAAGUUCAUCAUUGAGAUGUCCCACAUGGUGAAGGAGAACGGCUGGGAUUGAAUGCGGUGGGGGGGCAUCCCCAGCAGCACCCAUGGUGGGUACUGGCAGCAGGUGCCCAUUGCCCUUCCCCCGCCCGGUGCAGCUGCUGCCUCGGGGCUUUUCUAGGGCAAUAAAAGCUUUUUUGUA